AUGUCACCACUCCGCCUGGCCAUCCUCGAGGCCGACACGCCGCAACCGCAGACCCGCGAGAGGUACGGCGGCUACACGGGCGUCUUCACAGCGCUGCUGACCGCUGCCGCGCAGUCGCUGAGCCCGUCGCAGAAGCUGGAGGGGCUCGUCUCCAUCACGGGCUACGACGUCGUCAAGAACCUCGACUCGUACCCCGCGCUCGAGGACGUCGAUGCCGUGCUCAUCACCGGCUCCCGCCACACGGCGUUUGAGAGCGACCCGUGGAUCGUCAACCUGGUCGACUUUGCCAAGCGCGCCAUUGAGAGCGGCCGCGUCAAGACGGUGGGCGUCUGCUUCGGCCACCAGAUCAUCGGCCGGGCUAUGGGUGCUCCGUUGGGGAAGAGCGACAAGGGCUGGGAAGUGGCCGUGACUGAGGUCGACCUGACGGACAAGGGCAAGGAGAUCUUUGGGCUGGACAAGAUGCGCAUCCACCAGAUGCACCGCGACAUCGUCUUCGACUUCCCUGCCGACUCCAUCCCGCUCGGCUCCAACGACAUCUGCGCCGUCCAGGGCAUGUACCGCCCGGGGUCGUACAUCACCAUCCAGGGCCACCCCGAGUUCAACACCGAGAUCAUGACUGAGAUUCUCUUCAACCGCCACGCCGCCGGCAUCUUCACCGACGAUCUGUACGACAGCGGCAUGAAGCGCACCCCGAUCCCCCACGACGGUGUUGCUAUUGCCAGAGCCUUUCUAAAGUUCAUGAGGGAGGGCUGA